AUGAGUAAUUUAGUUAAACUCGAGGAAAAUUUAUCAGAAGAGUUGUUGAAUGAGGAUGUCCGAGUCUCAAGAGUCAGCAUGUGCCCAAAUCUCGAUAAAAAUAUGUCCAGAUCACUAUUUAAGAGAAAGAAUCUUACUACUAAGCUUAUCAAAGCUCAAUCGUUGUCACCUGAUAGUAUCUACAUUCUAGACCAAACUCCCCAAGAAAACUUAUUUCAAAGCAAGCCGAUAAUGAAACUGAAAAAAGGCCUAACUACUAAGAAAGCAGCAUCAUUUGGCCCAAAGAAAUCUUCAAAACUCCAGAACGAUAUUAAAACUCUUCUUCAUAGAGCUAUAAAGAUCAGGAAUGCUUCCACCCACAAUAUUCAGAAUGGCGAAGGCAGCAAGGAAUCUGCACCAGUAAUCCCUGCCAAAAUGGGUGUCACAAUGAGAGAUGUCAAGAAGGUCUAA